CGACAGCCCAACAUCACGGCAAAGAUGCGCUUCCUCCUGGUUGACUGGCUCGUGCACGCGUGCUACGCUUACAAGUUCGAAGACGAAACGCUCCACCUGACGGUGAACCUGAUCGACCGUUUCCUCGAGCGGAAGCGGGUGCUUCACCCACAACUGCAGCUGGUCGGCGUCGCAGCCCUCAUGAUCGCGGCAAAGUACGAGGAGGUGGAGUACGAGCCCUGCUGCAGCGAGUUCGCCCGGCUUACGCGCGGCGAGUUCUCGGCCAAACAGAUACGCGUGACUGAGCGGUUCAUGCUCACGUCGCUCGAGUUCAAGCUGACCACGCCCUCCUCUCUCGUCUUCCUGAGCCAGUUCUGCAAGGUCGCCGGCGUUGCGCCGCGCAGCGACGCGGGGCACAUCUCGGGCUACCUCGCCGAGCUCACGCUGGGAGAGUACAAGAUGCUCUCGGCUCUGCCCUCGACAAUCGCCGCCGCCGCCGUUUGCCUCGCGCGCGUGUUGACGCACUGCGAGGAACCUUGGACAAAUGAGCUCGCGCACCACACGGGCUACAGCGAUGCAGCGGUACACCCUUGC